AUGUGGCUAGGCCAAGUUCGAGGCUUCCUCUCCUUUUCCUGUGCCUUGACCAAAAAAAAAAAAAAAAAAGGAUGGCAUAAAAAAGAUAAUGCGUUAGUGGUUUCUCAUAUUAAUUAGCCGAAGAAUAAAAUUAUAAACAAAGGACUUGCGUCUGGGGGAAUCGUCGCUGAGAAAGAAAACGCACAUUUUUGUAGUGAAGGAGGAGAAGAUGCAGAGAUCAUCGAGCAGUUCUUGGGUGCCUGAUGAGUCCUUCAAGGACACCAACACAAAGUACACAGACAAAGACCAGCAACAACUGCCCACUUACGAUCCUCUUUCCCACGUCGCCAAGAAGGAGAGGUCUCGUCUUAGAUCUGCAGAGAACGCAAUCCAUCUCAUACCUCUUGUUCUUGUUCUCUGUGCCAUCAUCCUAUGGAUCUUCUCCAGCCCAGAGUCAAGGGUUUGAAGUUUGGUGGAAAACCUAUUUUAGCAUCAGUUCCUAGAGUGGUUCGCCAUAGAGCAUGAAAGCUAGAACACUUCAAUUCAACAAAAGCAACUGGUUUAUUACAUCUCGCCAAAGGGAUUAGCAUACAAUACAAGCAAAAGCACUACUGCUGGGCUCUUCUGUUAGACUGAUUUAGUUUGUUAAUAUGGAAAAGCAGUUAAAUUUCUUUUUGCACAUUUGACCCAUUGUAUGUAGAAGUUUUAUGAUAUAAAGGGAUUUUUUUAAACAACAUUUCAAUGCAUAAAUUAGUUUUGAUUGAA